ACUUCAGCCAGUGAGCAGAAAGUUUUGUGCCUGCCUUGCCCAUUGUAUCAAGUUACAAUGUCUGUUUAACUAAGUGUACAGAAUCAUAUGCUGACAUGCACACUAAAAAGGUAGACGACACAAUUCUGAAUUCACGUGAAUGAAGCUCCUGCAUUGACAGAAAGAUCUGCAAAUAAAUCAUCAGUCACAUCAUGAAGCAGAGACAGAUGUUUACUCUCUUCACCAUCAUCCUUUGUUUUGCAAUUACUGAAUGCAAAAAGAAGAAAUGCAAUUAUCAGAUUCUGAGCUCUGAAAUAGAAUUUCCAACAAAAGAACUAUCAAAGUUUAAAAAGCAAGUUGAACAUUUAGUAUCUAUGCUAGUUCAAAAAAUGAGAGACCUUUCCAAAAUAGAAGAUCCAGAAAUUGAUGUAAACUUCAUAAGAACAGGAAGCUCUUAUGAAGGUCUAAAGGUAAAGCCAGACGUUGAAUUAGACUUCAUGGUUCCUAUAUAUCCAGCAAAGGGUUGUAAGCUUAAAUAUGCAAGUCAGACUCCAGAUCAGCUCUCUGCACCAGGCAUGUAUGGUUUUAUUGAUCUGAGUGAAGAUGGAUUCCAGUGUUGGAAUAAGUUGGCUGUUCAAGGCAAAGGAUCAAGCCUCAGCAGCACGUUUGUGAAAAAUGGACAGCUUUCAGCAAAAUCAGUACGGGAAUGGUUCCAAUCAUUGGCGGACAAAGCUGCCAACAAUCUUAGAUCAACAAUAAAAGCCGGCAUUAAAUUUUCUCAGCAGGGACCAGCACGCACACUGAAGGUCACAUUGGAAGAUGGUCAGAAUAUUUCUGUUGAUCUUGUUCCAGCAAUUCCACUGGACAAAAUCUAUCUUGUGCCAAAAGAGUACAAUGGUGCUACAGGGCAAGCAGUGCGUUACACAGAUGUCAUUUGGAGGCUGUCCUUUUCUAUGCAAGAGAAGUCAUUUGUGUCCUCUUUAACAUUACCUCCAAACUCUUGCCACUUAAAAGCUCUACAGAUUUUGAAAUAUACUAAAGAGCAAUAUCGGAAAAAGUCAUCUCCUCCGCACUGGGCAACUGUUUUGGAAACUUAUCAUCUGAAGACAUCUUGGUUACAUCUGCUUCAGGAGAAAACCUCAGAUGCUUGGGAGGCUAGUUUGCUAAGAGACAGAGUACUAGAUCUAAUUGACUAUUUGAUUCAGUCUGUAGAGAAUGGAGUGCUUCACCACUUCUUCAUUGGAAACAAAAAAAACUUUUCAAUGUCCCAUCCUCAGAUGCUUGAAGAUGCAGAAAUGAAUGCCAACUUAUUAGAUGGAGUAAAGCCAUCUACCCUUAAAAUGAUCCAUCAGCAGUUAAAGCAAAUCAAGGGUAAUAUGGACACCAUAGUUACUGAUUUUGUUGCCUUAAAACACAAAAAUUAAGAAGGUUUAUGGUUUCUUCAAUGUAGCCCAACUAAUAAAGUUCUGCUUAUUCAAGAUCUGGAAGCUAAAUGAGCAACUCAUGUAAAAAGUAUAUCUUUUAUCCUGAGAUUUGAAAACUUCAGAUUUAAUUACAUUAGAGUAAGCAUGUGACAUCUUAAUACAGGAAGUGUGGUAAUAAGCAUUUCAUAUAAAAAUUGGCCUGACAGCUGCCAGUUUGAUCUUCCAGUUAUGACUUAAUGGGCUUGAAUGAAAUAGACAAAGGGAAUAUCCAUUGUAUGCUGACACAAAUGUAACAUUUAUAAUGGUUUUGUACCACUAGACAUUAAUAUUGAUUAUAUACAAAAGUGCGUCUUAAAAAUAAUUUUGAUAUUUUGCAAAUCUGUUUACAAUGACAAAGUAGUUCAUGGGUGGAGAAGUGUAAAAUACUGUACCAUAAAAGCAUAUUAUUUUAUAUGGAUACCAAUGAAUUUUAGUAAGAAAGUUGCACAAAUAUAUCACAAUAAAAGAAAUCAUAACUAUAUGAUGAGAAUAGAAGUAAUUGGAUCAAUUUGGAGGAUUAGAACGUGUAUAUAAGUAAAAGGUGUGUAAGCAAAAUAUGGUUAUUGUGAAAUAAUCAAAUUAAAAUGUCCACUCCUGUGGCAGGUUAGUGCUCUGGUUCUGGAUAAACAGAAUAUAAUCAUAAAACACAGAUGAACCCAAGCGUGAGCAGGAACU